AUGCGCGAGCGCCGGGCUGGACGCACCCCCGGACAGCCGGGCGAGGACGACGAGUUCGAGGAGUGGGGGCGCAUGCAGGCGUCCGUCACCGAGGCCCAGGAGCGGCUGGAUCGAUGGGGUCGUGGCGGCGACUCGUGGUCUUGGACGGCCGGGACGACCCUCUCCUCGGUCCUCGAUGGCACCGUCGAGUCGCUCGCGGUCGGACGGAAGCGCGUGCAGGCCAAGGUUUCGGCCGCCAAUACGCGCGCGGAAGCGGCGUCGAGGCGCGCUGCUACGGCGGAGUCGGCGCUCGACAUGGCGGUCGCGAGCAAGGAGGCGGCGGAGCGGGAGCUCCUGCAGCUGCGUCGAGCAAAGACGGACGCCCAGCAGGCCGAGGCCAUGCUGGAGGAGAAGGAGUCGGAGCUGCAGGAGCAGAUCAAGUUCGCGGCGAGCCGGGUGGGCGAGCUGGACGAUGCGCUCGAGGGCGCGCAGGAUAAGCUGGCGAGGACCCAGCGGGAGCUCGAGGCGCCGGCUGCGAGAGGGAGGGGAGCGGCGCUCCUCGAGAAGGAGACUGCCAUCCGCGAGAAGAAGUCGGCGCUGCAGCAGUCCGACGCGGCCGCCGCCCGAGCCACCAAGGCGGACGAGCGCGCCGAGACGGCAGAGGAGGCGGCGACGUUGGCGCAGCGCGACAAGGAGGAGCUGCGCUCCGAGAACGAGGCGCUGGACGAGGCGCUGGAGCGCACGCUCGCCGAGCUCGACAGCUUGGCGCGGGACUGCGCCGCGCUGCAGGCGCGAGCAGAGGCGACGGGCGACGCGCUGCGCGUGUCGAGGGCGAGGCACAGCGGGCUCGCCAGCAGCAGGCGCGCCAGCGCGGCAUGCGCGACCACGGGCGUGGUGGAGCCGACGGCGCGGGCGGCUGUGGGCGCGCGGCAAGAGAGCGGCAUGUUUGGGUGA